GAUCAGACUGAUAUAUAAAUUGAAAAUGGCGUCGUUUUGCCGAUUAGAUGAAUCUAAGAUUAUUUUAUCCGUGAUCCUGUUUUAAAUUAAACAGAUACUUUACAAGACGUGAACAAUUUUUUACUCGAACUUUGUAGUUUCGUUUCUUUUUGUUUUGUUAUGUGUGUGGAAGCUGUGAUGUUCCCUUGAUGGGAGAUACUUCGAAUGUGGUGUUGUGUUUAAGUGUGUUUACAUGAAUUCGUCGCGGGUAUUUGGUGCAAGAUGCUGCCUACGGUGGAGGAGAGUCGGGGGUACGACUUCCAGGACCCCGAGAACGUCGGCAAAUGGAAGGGCUUGUUCCUCAGUUCGUUUAGAAAGAUACUCGAGAACCUCCAUCCGACAUUAACAGCUGAAGAGAGUGCGCUAGAGUUUGUCGAGUCGCUCUGUCUGCGGUUGCUAUCCAUGCUAUGCGCUAUACCGGCGCCGGUUACUAUACAGGACGUGGAAGAGCGCGUGGCUCGGACAUUUCCAAACCCACUAGACAGGUGGGCGCUCACGGAGGCGAGAGAUGUGCAAAAGAGGAGGAAAUUACUCCUGCCCGCUGAUAAAUUGCAUCAUUUGUUGCAGAAGGAAGUAUUACCGCACAAAAUAGACGUGUCCGUGACGAGUUUUAUUACGGCCAUCUUGGAGUACAUCAGCACGGAUGUGUUGAGGCUCUCCGGGACUUUCGUUAAGGAGAUAUCGCAAAAGUCGGGAUAUCAAGUUAUCGAGAGUGGUGAUAUUAAGACUGCUAUGUGCGCUGAUAAGCUGUUAAUGGACAUGUUCUACCAAGAGUCCGAGCUAGCCGGUGUAGCGGCCGGUGUCACAGCCCUGGACAGAGGGCGUAGGGCUUCGCUAACGUACGGGGAGCUCGUGCGUGAUUUGCUAGCUGAUGAGAGAAGCUUUCUGAGGGACCUGAACUUGAUUAUACGCGUGUUUAAAGAUGAAUUGGAGAAGAUACUGCAUUCUGAUACACGGACAAUAUCGUUAAUAUUCGGCAAUAUAGUCGACAUAUACGAAUUGACGGUAACGUUGCUGGGAAAUUUGGAAGACGCUAUGGAAAUGUCACAGGACUCACCGCAACCGUAUAUUGGCAGUUGUUUUGAAGAAUUGGCAGAAGUAGAGGAAUUUCGUGCGUACGUGCGCUACGCGAACAUCGUCACACGGAAGGAGUCGAGGGACGCGUUGCAACGGAUUGUGGACGAUCCCGAGCUAGCGGAACGUCUAGACACAGCGGGCCACGGUUUCCGUCUGGCCGUGAAAUACUACUUACCAAAACUACUACUGACUCCGGUAUCCCACGUGUUCCUCUAUCACAGCUAUGUACUUGCGUUGUUGCAAAUAGCGCCCACCAGCGAUGAUAGAGAGAGUUUUAAACAGGUGGAAUGUAAUCUACAUCCAAUAAAGAAAUUAUUAGUGAAAGCAUUAGGAAAUGGACCAAAAAUUGACACAGCGAUUCGUGGUGCGGCUCGUGCCCGUCGACAGCUCGCUAUAGAGAAAUGCAAUGAACUCGGAAAGUUAAUAGAUAACUGGGACACUAGAGACGUGCCGCAGUGUUGUAACGAAUUUUAUAGAGAGGACACACUAUCAAAGCUCGGUCCGGGCAAGCGGGUCGCUGAACGGCGGGCUUUUUUAUUCGACGGCCUGCUGCUGCUCUGCAAACCUGUCACUAGUAUUGUGGCAGUGAAUAGCAACGCAGCGGCGGGCGGACCUCAGCAAAUGAAACUAAAAGAGAAAUUACAUAUACGAAAACUGGAGAUCGUCGACAGGCCUGAUUGUGAAGAACUGGGCAACCUACUCGAGCUAGUGCCACGUGUAGGCGCGCCAGUGGCGCUAGCCGCUGGCUCCAGAGCGGAGAAACGGGCUUGGAUGAGCGAUCUUGUGAUGUUGAACACUAAACCGAUGUUGGACAGGAGUUUGGAUAGCAUACUCCUAGAGCUAGAAAAACGGCAUCCGUUAAAAUUACCGCCCGUGUCGUUGUAUCGCUUCGCCGAACCGGAUUCGCCUGACAACAUAGUGUUGGAAGAGAGGGCUGGACCUACACCUUUGAUAAAGGGAGCAACACUGCUUAAACUGGUCGAGCGUCUAACAUACCACAUAUACGCGGAUCUCAACCUAGUACGCACGUUCCUAACCACGUAUCGCUCGUUCUGUUCCCCGGCCGAGCUUCUCGCGUUGUUGGUGGAGAGAUUCCGUAUACCAGAGCCCAGUGACGUGUACGACGCGCCGAGGACGUCGGAAUGCGUUGAAGAAAUGUCGGCGAGCAGUGACGCGGAGAAACUCAGCAAAAACACGGCGAGAGAAGAUUGGAAGAGAUAUAGGAAAGAGUUUCAACAGCCUGUAAAAUUUCGAGUGAUAAACGUACUAAGACACUGGGUGGACCAACACUUUUACGACUUUGAACGCGACCCGGCGUUGCUCGAUAAAUUGAAGGAAUUCCUAGAGUCGGUAGAUGGGAAACCUAUGAAGAAAUGGGUGCAGAGCGUGCUUAAGAUUGUGCAGAGGAAGAGUCAAUGCGGCAACGACACAGAGGGUGUAGCGCACGUGUUUGACCGUUUACCUCCUGCUCCUUGCCGACAUCUCGCUGACCCGGAUCGAUAUCGAUGGCAUCCCCUGGCUUUGCACCCUUUGGAGUUGGCCAGGCAAUUGACGUUACUGGAGUUCCAGUUGUAUAGACAGGUGAAACCGUCGGAACUAGUCGGAGCGGUGUGGACGAAGAAGGACAAAGAGAAGACGAGCCCCAAUUUAUUGAAAAUCAUCAAACAUACGACAAAUUUCACGCGGUGGAUGGAAAAAUGGAUAGUCGAAUCGGAAAACGUGGAAGAGCGGGCCGGUGUCGUCUGUCGCUUUCUGGAACUGGCGCUGUGUCUUCGUGACUUGAAUAACUUUAACGGAGUGCUGGCUGUAGUGGCCGCUUGUGGUAGUGCUAGUGUGCAUAGACUGAGGAACACUUUUCAGCUGGUGCCACUUCGAUUACUACGUUCGCUAGAACAAUUCCGUUUGCUAAACUCGGACCACUUCAAACGCUAUCAAGAGCGUUUGCGCAGCAUCAAUCCGCCGUGCGUGCCGUUCUGUGGCAUCUACCUGACGAACAUACUGCACAUAGAGGAGGGCAAUCUAGAUUAUUUACCGAACUCUCAACUAAUUAACUUCUCGAAAAGAAGAAAAGUAGCGGAGAUAACUGGAGAGAUACAGCAAUACCAGAAUCAACCUUACUGUCUUACCGUGGAACCGAGGACUAGGAUGUUCCUAGAAACACUAGACCCGUUCCCCGGCAUGGACGACAACGAAGUGACAAAUUAUUUGUACGCGAAAAGUCUGGAAAUCGAACCCCGACCCCCCGCCAAACCUACGCCUAAGUUUCCCCGAAAAUACCCAGAGCUGUCGGUUAAACCGGUUAAAAUAUCUCGCCGAUCGCACGACCACCAUCAUUCGACCACAAGCAUUUCUAGCAACGAAGAUACUUUGAGCGUGGCCCAACUAUCGCCAACAAGUAUAUGCACAUGGGACGGAGCGUCUCUAGCUUCGUUACCGAUACACCAUGACGAUAGGAGUGAUAGAUCACUAACAAGCCCGCGGUUGGAGCGAUCCAGUUCUUCGUCUUUAGCGCAAUUGGGACAAUUGAGUUUAUUCGAUAAAUUGGCUUUCUUCGAUAAGAGCAAAUCCGUGGCUACGCUGAAUGCUCAUGCUAGCAGGAACAGUAUAUCGGCGAGGGACGAACCGCCGUCGCCGAGAGACAACCAUUCGCCGAGACAUGAUCGCUGCAACAGCACGAGCAGCGUAUCCAUGUCGCUCUGCAGUGGCACUGGCUCGAGCACUAGCUCGCUGACUAGCUCGGGCACUGGCUCGGGCACUGGCGCGUGCACUGGCGCCAGUCGGUCCCGUGGGGCACUGUCCCCGCGGCCGGCGAUAGUGGACGCUGAACUGUUCUACUCGAGAAGUGUAGAUCACUUGGCGUGCAGGCGGAUGGAACAGGAACGAGUGCCCCCACUACUGCCCCGACACAGUGCACUGGCGGGCAGUGCUAAUUUAGCAGAUCACGAACCGCCCCCCCCACCGCCACACACACAUCAUACUAUACCCCCACCAGAACCGGACGGUGAAAAACCAUUGCCGAGUCCGAAACAUCACGAGUUAUUUAGGAGCCCGGCGAUGUCACCGAAGCGCUCGCCCGCACCACCGCCCGCCGCCAGCCCGCUCACAUUGGAAAGGCCGCCGACGUUCAGUUUUCCCUCAGCUACAUCGCCGUCGUCGCAUCCACAAUGCGAGACUAGUUGUAGCACCCCGCCCCCCUUGCCGCCGCGACGGAGACGGGAUUCAGCAGUCACUCCUACACACCAUCCGCCAGGCAGCGAGGCGGGCUCCCCCCCCGCUGCGUCGAGCAGCCCGCCCCCCCUCCCGCCGCGCCCGCCGCCCGCCCCCGAGCUGCUCCGCCCGCAGAGCUCCGCGCUGCUGCAGCGCCGACACCACAGCGCGGGUUUGGCCCCGCGAUUACCUCCAAAGCCCCCGCCAGCAGCCGUGGCCCCGAGAACCUAGCGCUCACACAUACUGUACUGGGACCUAAUAGGUGCCCUACUGUGCGGAGUCCUACUGGCGUGGGUCCUACUGCCGUGUGCCCUACUGCCAUCUGUCCUACUGCACCGCGUUUUACUGGGAAAUAUCUCACUACAACAGGCCCUACUGUGUUGGUUACUAAUGCUGUGUAAACUGAGCAACAUCAUACUGUAUCAAAUCCUACUGCCGUGUGUCCUACUGGGAAGAGUUCUACUGUGUCGAACGUUACGGCCGGCUGGUCUACUGCCGUGUGUCCUACUGCUCCGCGGUUUACUGGGAAAUAUAUUACUGGUCCAGGCCCUACUGUGUUGUUUCCUAACGCUGUGUAAAAUGAAUCGGGGCUUAUUGAGCAAGAUCAUACUGUAUCAGAUCCUACUGCAGAGUGUUCUACUUGAUCAGGGUCUACUGCAGUGCGUCCUACUGUAUAUGGAUAUGUUACAAUAUAUCCUACUGCUCAAGACCCUACUGCAUCGUGUCCUACUAAGAAGAUUCCUACUGAUCAAGCCUCUACUGUGGGCUUUACAAAAACCUACUGCGUGGUGCUCAAUGAAGAUAAAUAUUACUAUAAUGGGUCCUAUUGAUGAUUCAUACUGCGAUUUUAAUAUGAUUGUCAGUAUGAAUCCUACUGCCGUGAAAAUACUACUGCAGUCAAUUCAGUAGUAAGGAUGUGUGAUCCUACUGUCAUCAAACGACUAUAAUAAAUCAUACUGUGGCAUAAUGUGCAAUAUUUAUAAUAGUACUAUUUGUUUAUACUGUGUUUUUUAUUUGAAAUGAAAUCGGUGUCCAAGCAAAAAACGCUUUUUUUUUUAAUAAUAAAGGUAAUUGUAUAUUAUAAGUAAAAAGGUGUCGAACUUCAAACACGGCACACUAACGCACACACGAUUAGACGUCGCAGUGAGAUGGCAUGAUUCAACUAUCGUGAGAGAAAGAGACAAAUAAUGUGGCUAAUUGGCAACAUUACAUUUUUUAUAGCUACGAAAAAAAUGUUGUGUGGUUUUAUGAUACCACGGUAAAAGUGAAACUUUU